AUGAUGAAGCCUGAGUUAUCUCACUUUUCCGGAUUCUGUGUGUACUUUCUUUUUCUGCAAGUGAUGGUGUCUUCAGAGAAACUGAGGGUAACUACUCCCACAAGAUACCUGUUAGCUAGAGUAGGAGGCCAGGCUGUGCUCAGCUGCCANGUGAUCCCACCACACAGUGUGAUGCAUAUGGAGGUACGCUGGUUCAGGAGUGGNCAUUCCCAACCUGUUUACCUAUACAGAGGUGGCCAUAAAAUGAGUGAAGAAGCUGCUCCUGAAUAUGCAAAUCGUACAGAGUUUGUGAAGGAGGCCAUUGGAGAAGGCAAAGUGUCCCUCCGAAUUCAUAAUAUAAACAUUUUGGAUGAUGGACCUUACCAAUGUUCAUUUAAUGGUAGUGGCUUUAUUGAUGUGGCUAUCAUGAACCUCAAUGUGACAGCAGUUGGAUUGGAGACAGAGAUACAUGUUCAGGCUCCUGAUGCUGAUGGAGUCAUGGUGGAAUGUAAUACAGGAGGGUGGUUCCCAAGGCCCCAAAUGGAGUGGAGAGAUAGCAAAGGAGCAACACUUCUGCACUCAUUAAAAUCAUAUUCACAGGAUGAAGCCAGAUUUUUCCACAUGAAGAUGACUCUUCUCCUCACAAACAUGUCACAUGGCAGCAUCAUUUGCUGUAUUUCCAACCCUGUAACAGGUGAAGAGAAGCAAACAAGUAUCAUUCUAGCAAAUGAACUUUUCAAUCAAGACUACAUAUGGGUAGGAAUUUUUCCUUUCAGUGUGGGUUCAUUAAUUUUUUUUGGAGUUCUGCCACUCAUCAACUGCUUUUUCAGGAGCCGAGGGUGUGCAUCUGGAUGCCUAUCCAAAUAUCUUCAUGUGGUGACCUCCUGGCCUGUUCAAAUAGUGCAUUUCUUAGUCUGUUCUGGAGUACUCUUUGCUGUGUAUUUACCUCACCGGCACAGAGUCUCUCUUUCAGAUCCCCAGUUUCCCUUAUACAACAACUGGAUAACUGAAUUGCUAAUUGUGAUACUUUUCCUGACAUGUUUUGUCUUACCAAUCAUUGUCUUAUUAUUAAUAAAACUUUAACCCACAUGUCUGAAUUAAUGGGAGAAGAACAAAGAUGACAUCAUGGAUAGCCAACCGGGACUGGGAAAAGCCCAUGAAGCCUCAGUCCUAUAUGAAGAACAACCAAGAAAAAGCUGGGAGCAGGAGAAGUGA